UCUUGCGGCUCCGGCUGCGUUGCCGAGUCUCCGCUCAGUUUGCGGCUGAACAAUGGCAGCAGUUGUCGGGAUCUGCGCCGCUCUGCUGCUGCUGCUCUCGGCCGCCGCCACCACCACCACCUGCAGCCCAGCCGGCACCGACCCCUUCGACAGCCUCCUGGGGGACACAGCUCGGUGUCAGAGCCUGUGCCGCAAUACCUUUCCCCAGGCCGGCCAGCCCAGGGAGGCACCAUUGAGUGCCUGUCAACGAGGCUGCCGACUGUUCUCUAUUUGUCAGUUUGUGGAUGGGAUCAGUGGUUUGAACAGCACCAGGGCUGAGUGUGAGGCAGCAUGUUUGGAGGCUUACACCCGGAUGGAGGAGCAGUAUGGCUGCAACACUGGCUGCAGGGAUCAGUUCCUAGAGGCAGAGAAGAGACAGAAGCAGCUCCUGACGACACCCCCUGAAGCUCCGUCACUCUCCAUCUUUGACUAUGUAUCCACCCUGUGCAGUGACAUUGUCAGCUCAGCUCAGAGUUUCAUCUCCUCUACCUGGACCUUCUACCUGCAAGCUGAUGAUGGCAAGGUUGUCAUCUUUCAGGCUCACCCAGAAAUGGAGUUCCCUCCUCCGGGGUUACAAGCCAUGCAAUCCAACAUGGGGGAGAUUCCUCGGGAAUGGAUUCCCAGCAGCCACAAGGAACUGGUGCCUGGAACGCUGAAACCACAAACAGAUGAGCAUCAAGGUGCAGAGAAGAGAAUGAGUGGGAGACCAGACCCUGUGUUCAAACAGGCACUUGCGCAUCGAGAAGGAUUGCAGUCUCAGCACGACUUCCUGGGCUGCAUGUCAAGGCGCUCCGGCCUCCCACGUUGGAUCCUGGCAGCUUGCUUGGUGCUGUCCAUCUUGGUGAUGUUGUGGCUAAGUUGUGCCAGUUUGGUAACUGCCCCAGAGCAACACGUGAAGUCACAGCCUCUGAGCAUUAAUGGUGAUCAGGAGGGUAUGGAGAAGAGCCCUUCAUAUGGAUUGACCCCCCUCAUCGCUGUGUCAUUGAGGGAGCAUGAGGAGGACGUGGGGCCUCUGCCUGUGAAAGUGGAUCUGAGUAAAACCCUCAUCUAGAACUUUCUGCUUUCCAGAUUAAAGAGACAGUCCUGCCCUAGCUUGCUCAAGUUCAAAACAAAACUGAGAAAUAUUGACAUGAUUUCCCCCAAAUCCCCCCUUUAUAUUCAGGACUGUCAACCAGUGAAAGAAUCUCCUGGAUUACACUUUCUAGAAUCUAACAGGGCAUUGAAAAUCUUUAGACACCACAUUAAAAUCCAACUUCCCAGGAUCCCAAAGUCCUAAUUCUUUAUCUUGAGUCCUAGAGGAGGAGUUUACAGGAUUCUGGGAUGAUUUCAGAUCCCUCUGGACCUAAUUGUGAUCUGACCUGACUACUUGUUCUCAGUGACAUGGAUUCUGUUACGGUGCUCCUUGUUUGACCUUUGAUCAUUGUGACUGUGACAGUGUGUGUUUAGGUGAGGGGGAUCUGAGUCAAGUCUCCCUCUUGGAGGCAGUGCAGGGAUUCCUGGGGUUGGAGCAUGUGGAGGGGAGGGAGGAUCCAUUAGAUUCUGGAUGAUGGAGAGGGGCUGAUGGAUUUGGACUAAUGGACAGAAUAUUAUGAGCUACACAGAUGGAUUUAGAAUUGUGUGUUGAGAUGAGUAUAUGAGUAUUGAUAUAAAACUGUAGAAUAAAUUGCUUUUUAGGAGGGGCCAUGUGUUGGUGGGAAAAUGUUGGGUGAGGGACCAAACCCCAGUUCCCUUUGGGAUUUGACUGUGGGGAAUUUUCUGCUUCAUUUCCAUUCGAUUGGGCAAGGGUCAAAUCAAUUGGCCUUUCUGCUCACCUGGAAGUGUUUCAUUACUCCCUGCUCUCCCCCACGCAACAAUUACUUUGCAGAUGUUAGACAGAAGUACAGGAUGGCUGUCAAGUUUCUGUAACUAGGGGAGGAAAGAAACGUAGGAAGAAAUUGAACUUUGUGAAUGGCUGCCCCUAGUGGAAGAGUUAGUUCAGCAGCAGCUCCUGAGGGAGCCAAUUUUAUUUGUUUGAGUCUUUCACUCCCUCAGAUGAAUUGUAUGUUGCCUCUGGUUCGUGCCACAUACAAGGACAAUCACUGAUGAACAGAGUGUGCAUCACUAAUCUCAUUUCCUGAUGUUUUAGGGACUGUUGCUGCCUUUUGGGUUCCAUGAGAAGGAGAACCUUCCAGCACAUCAGCAAAGUGAUCACUCAUCACGUGUGGCCCAUGAGCAUCAGCAAGCUAUUCAACUGUGAAGGGCUUUGCUCAUGAGCCAAUUUCUAAUUUAGAAGGAGUUAAGAGGCAGCCACAAUCCAUGUACACAUUCCACUGUGUAAUGAUCAGCAUAAGAGCCCUGAUCAAUUUUCUUCUCUUCUUUGCUGUGCCCUAACUGAAACUGGCUUAAUUCAGCAUUGAUCAGAGCUGGAACCUGAGAACUUUGUACUCUGUGUAAUUCAGUACCUCACUGGGCAUUGCAGUCACUCAUUGAGCCAUCUUGGCACUCCUGAUGUACAAUAUUUAGAAAUGAACCAGUUGUCCCAUCAUUCACUGGGUCCCUUGGGUUUCCUCCCCAUUUAACUUUUAACUUAAUUUAUUGUAAAGUUCUUAAACUGCCUGGAACUUACAUAAAGACUCACUUGCUGCU